CCGAUGACGAACUUCCGCAACGUGGUAUACUGUCUGUUCGAGCUGAGAGUUGCGCAGGCCUUCCACACUCCACUCCUAUCCGCGCGCACAAAAGCAAUCAUAACCUCGUAAUAUUCUUUGGUCCUACCUCUUAGUCUCCUCCAGCACAACCUUCGAUUCCCUUCAAAAGUGAAAACAUACAAUAGAUUUUCGAUCGCAAUUGAUAGAGAAGCGUGCGCGCGCCGCAAACAGUUCCAAUGUCACAAACAACAGUCUCCAAGGCCGAAACAAAAUACCCUAUAUUCGCCGCAACAUUCGCAUAUAACAAUCCUGCAAUCCUAGCGGUCGGUGGUGGAGGAGGAGCUGGCCGUAGCGGUGUUCCCAAUGCCAUAUCCGUCUUCGAUACGUCCUCGCGCUCCCCAAAGCUCGACUCGAUAGCCGAAAUAGACCUCUCACGCGAUGAGGAUUCAGUAACAUGUCUAGAGAGUUUGGCAACGAAGGAUGGAAUCAUUCUGUACGCUGGCAUCAACUCCUCGGAGGUAGAUCGCUCGAAAGGAAAUAAUGAGCAUUUUCGCUCGUUCGAAGUCAAAUACCCAAAGGAAAAGGGGGAAAAAGCAAGUGGGAAGCUAGAGUUUCUGGGCAAGUCGUCGCUGUUCACUCCCCCGACGUCCGCAACCGCAAAGAAGGAGGUAUAUCAAAGGCUUGUCCGUUUGUCUCCCCCGAAGCUCGGUAAAUCGGGUAGCAAGAGGAUUGGAGCUGUCGCGUCUUCCCUUGGAGGCGACGAGAAUGAAAUUGUGAUAUUCCCGGCCACUUCGACCAAACCCAAUGCAUCUGAGGUCAUACAGAGGAUACCCCUUCAUAAAGGACAAGAGGCGAAUGAUAUUGAUAUUCUCGAGGUCGAGGACGGCAAAUUUCAUGUGGUCUAUGUAACAGAUCAGAGUGUAUAUCUGUCUGUCGUUCACGGGUCCAAGAAAGACGUACGAAAGCUGUACGAAGUACCGUUUCCCGAUGUUUUUGAGAAGAAGGGCAGGCCUAAGUUGAGAGGCAUACGGUUUCUUAGCCCAUCACACAUCCUACUACUUUCCAACGCUCAUAACAGGACAGGCGUAGAGUUACUGGUACUCCGCCUUUAUGACGAGGGCGCGGGCAGCAUAACUAUGCGCAAACGAUUGCCCGGACAUGUGAAGGCCGCGGUUGACUUGGACGUUGCCCGGUUAGAUGCCGACGAUAACGGCGCAUACCAAUCAGUAGUUGCUGUCGCUGGCCAUGACUGCAGCUUGUCGAUAUACUCGAUCGAUUAUCUGGGUAGCAGUCGGAAUAGCCUUGGCAGUUUCGUUUCGUUCGCUACGUACCGGGAUGUUCAUCCAUUCCAAUUGACCAAGGCUGUUUUUUCGCCUUUCCUUGUUGCCGCAAAAUCGACAGCUGGCAAACCAAAAGCUCAGUACCUUCGGUUGGCAAGCACAUCUCUGGGCAACAGCAUUUCAGUCGAGACUUUCGAGUUGAAGUUUACCUCAUCAAAAGCCGGAACUCGAUAUAUACUACAAUCUCCUCAUGCCGGGACGAUUUACAAAGUCGUCACAUCUACCGGCGCAUUCUUUGUCCUGCUCUUCGUCGCUCUGAUGGUGCAAUCUCUCCUUGAUCCUCAGGGCAACCUCACUAAGGCAUACCUCCCCACCGGCCUGACUAAAGCUGCCAGUGGCCUCAAGCCUCCAGGUGCCAUCAUGCACGAAAGCCGUGUAGCCAGUGCAAAACUCGAAGCAGCCGCAGAGAAUAUCAAAGUUCCGGUUGAGCAGGCGACGCGCCGAAUCAAAGACAUCUUGGAUCUCCACGCCGGGGAUGAGAGUAGCGCAGAGAAAGCAGUGGUAAUUCACGACGACCCUGAAACCGAUGCCUCGUUGAAUACGGAGGUCCAUGCGGAUACAGAGGAAGUAGUUAAGAGACAUGCAGAGGCAAAACAAUGGGAUGACUUAUCACACGCCGAACAGAAUAGAUGGAGACAUAAGCUUAUGGACGCUGGUGUGUGGGCUGUUGAGGAAGGGGAGACGAUACUCAAGGGUAUAUUCUUCAGUGAGGCAGCGGGAAUUGUCAGACAUGUUGCGGAGGGAGUAAUCCAUGGAUGAGAGCGCGGUGAAUGCAUGGGGAUAUGAUCCAGUGGCUGGGCUUGUGACCACAGCGCUAUUGGGUGGCCCGGAGCUGCUUUGCGUGACGGAAAGCCUGUUCGAGCUAGUCAACCUUAUAUUGCUACGUAGACGAUGAAAUGUAUUAUUAUUAUUAUCACUGC